AUGUCAUCGAGCGAUGACGAUGAGCCACUUGCAGCUGUUGCAGAAAAAGUAAAGCAAAAGAGUGAAGUCGCUGAGAAGAAGAGGCCGAAGAAAGAUGCGAGGAAAAGGAAAAUCGAGACAGAUUCAAGUGACAGCGUAUCCGAAGAAAGUGAUCGCGAACAAACGAGGAGGCGCAAGAAGAAGAAGCCUUGUCUUUUUACCUUUUUAUAUGUGGGUGGACUUUUUGAGAUUGCUGUGGUCUCCACAUGA